AUGUCCGAGUCACCCACAACGGAGGAGUUUGUCAACACUCUCGACAAGCUUAAUAUUCUUCUCACCAACCUACCUUCCCAGCUUCCCUUGGCUGAUAAUUACUAUGACUCCCAGUACCCCUCCUUUCUACAAUUUUCCUUGGAUCCUGAUAUACUUGAGAAGACUGGUGAUGAGGUAGCGACUCUAGGUGAACAACUGGAGUCUGUCUUUGGCUGGAAGGCUCGGACUUCAGGUGAUGGUGUUAUUCCAAUCCUAGAACGUGGAAAAGCAAUAUGUGCCUUGCAUGGUAUCUUGAUGCUAUAUUACGAAAAAUACCCUACAAACAAUGUGCUCAAAAAGUGGGUCCAUGACAUCACUGCUGGAGCAGAGAAAGUUUACGAGAUGUAUGGUGUCCCUAGUGCUCACAGACGACCUUUUUAA